GAGACAGCAGAGAGUUCCUGGUGGGAACAAGCCUCAGCAGCACGCAGAUCAUCAACAAGGUGGCACCAAACACAACAGGGACCACCAGAAACUCUACCAAGGAGGCCAGGCCCCUCACUCCUCCGGCAGGACGGGCCACCACGGCUACAGCCAGAACCGGAGAUGGCACCACAACCAGAAGCACUCGCCCAACGACAAAGAAACGCACAGAAACGCCAAAGAGACUGAGAAUUUGAAAAUUGAGGACACCUCCAUCUGCACAGUGCAUAUUCCCGUGGAGACGCACCGAGGCCCGGAGGCUGUGGAGAAGCAGUCUCAGCAGUACAUCCAGGAGUCGGAGACCAAGCGGAAAGACAGUAUUCAUGAGCGCAUUGGGGAAAGACCCAAGAUCAAUUUGCUUCAGUCUUCCAAAGACAGACUGCGGAGGAGACUAAAAGAAAAGACGCCUUGUCUUUCCCUUUUCACGGACCAGGACGAAGUCACGGUGGAAACCACCAAUCCUGAAAAGAACAAAAUGGACAAAUUAAUUGAAAUCCUCAACAGCAUGAGGAACAACAGCAGCGACGUUGACUCCAAGCUCACCAACUUCAUGGAGGAGGCUCAGAACUCUACUAACUCUGAGGAGAUGUUGGGAGAGAUAGUCAAGACCAUUUACCAGAAGGCAGUGACGGAUCGCAGCUUUGCUUCCACGGCAGCCAAGCUCUGUGACAAAAUGGCCCUCUUCAUGGUGGAAGGAACCAAAUUCCGGAGUUUGCUCCUCAACAUGUUGCAG